AUGGAGGCUAAGAAGGCUGCCCGCGAGGCUGCCCGCAAGCGACUGGACGAGCGCCGCCAGGCCAUGCGAGCCGGGGAGGCUGCCGCAACAGGGGCAACAGGAGCAGGACUUGCGUCGAACCCGCCUCGCGCCUCGCUGGCUCCGCUGGCGCAGGACUCGGACGAGGAGGCCUCGACCUCGUGGGUCUCGGACGGCUACACGUACACCGACGGUGAGUCGGACGACCCGCCUGCUGCUGCGCCGCCACGGCUGAUCGUGCCGGGGCGAGGCGGCGCUGGUGAGAUGGAAGACGCUGAUAGUGAUGACACCGCCGCUGCUGGAGUUCGAGCCAGCGGCGCGCCGCCUAGCGGACGUCUGCCUCCGCUGCCGGCAGGUGGCGCAUCGGGAAGUGAGGCGGACGGGCUCGGCCAGACCGGCGGGCGGAGAGUGCUCGAGCCGAUUCGGGUCGGUGGCGGCGCGGACGACAACGCACUGGUCCUCGACCCGGACGAUGUGGUCGACGCCGAGCCGGAGGCUAACAUUUCGGUUGUCCGGGCUAGCGGAGUGUAUUCCGGCGCCCGCGCAGCGCCUGUGGGCACGUACUACCGGCAGACGGCCAAGGGCGCGUUCACCAAGACCAAAGACGGCCCGAGUGGUGGCGACGCUGGGUUUGGUGGUGGCGAUGGCGACGCCGCCGACUCGGACACGGCGGCGUCGGCGCAGCGGCGGCGAAACGCGAUCCUGGCCACCACGCUGGCCCAGUCUGUGGUGGACUCGUGGGCCAAGCUUGUCUCUGCGCUCUUUGUCUUUUGCCAGGGCUGUGCCGCUGGCCUCGCCAUCACGGUCUUCAUCCUCAGCUACGUGGUGACCGAUCGCGACAACGUUGCCUUUCUCCGUGUUUUCUCGCCGAUGGCGCGGUCUGUCCAGGGCCUGUUCUUCUUCUUUCUUUCGCUCGCCUUUCUGGGCGCGGUCGACAAGUACGCCAAGGACAAGAUGGGCCGGUGGUACGGCUCGUGGUCGCGUCAGGGCGUCGAUCUCCUCGCUCUUGCUCUCUACGCGCUUGCGCUCUUCUUCACCUCGCUUGCCUCGUCGACGUCAGACGUCAUGUACUACGCUCACGAGCGCAUCCCGGGCUGGUUCGAGGCGCCCGGCGCCAUCACCUCGUCGUUUGACUCGACGCUCACCCAGUGGCACGCCUACAACAACAUCCGCAUCUGGGCCACCAUCAUCGCCUGGGCCGUCCUCUCGCUCGAGACGACGCCGUACAACAUCAACGACUCCAACUACGCCCUCCAUCUCCGCGCCACUGGCGCCCAAGGUGUCCACGCCCCAGCUGUUCCCGGCCAGGGCGCCGGACCGCGCGGCCGUGUUGGCAUCGUCUCGACAGAAUGAACACACGUGUGACACUCAGCCGCUGCACGUAGAUAAACCAUGUUGCGCG